CCACCCGGUCUCCUGGGCGACGCGGCGAGGCCCGGGGACAGCGCUGGCCUCGUCCCUGCGAGGGGCGAGCGCCGGUUCGGAGGGAUCUGGUUUCCCCCCCUGCCAGGCUCCCGCGGUGAGGAGAAGGAGCGGGGAGCAGACGGGAUGUUCUUCCUCUUUCGCGGGUCGCAGCGGCGCGGCACCGGCAGCCCCGCGCCCCCCGCCUACCGGGCUGCCCCCCGGCCCCACGGGCUCGGCAGGAGGGGAGGCCGCCGAUCCCGCCCGGCCCUGAGGUUCGGGGGUCCCGGCCCCUCGGGGAGCCGGGGGCGCUGGAGCCGUAGCGCUGCUUCCCCCUCGGAGCGGCGGCGGGCCGCCGAGGAGCCCGGGCCCCGGCCGCCCCCCGCUCUCGGGCAGGACGGGAAGCCGCGCUCCGGCGUCCCGGGCUCUGGUGGGGGGGACCCAGAGGAUGCACUGGACCCGGCGCAGACCCCCCCUCUGCAGGGAUACUCGGUGCUGCAGGGGCUGGUGGGGCCGGCCUGCAUCUUCCUGCGGCAGAGCAUCGCCAUCACCCAGCGGGACCGGGAGCUGCGGCCCGAGGAGAUCGAAGAGCUGAAGCAUGCGUUCCAGGAGUUCGACAAGGACCACGACGGCUACAUCAGCUACAAGGACCUGGGCGAGUGCAUGCGGACCAUGGGCUACAUGCCCACGGAGAUGGAGCUCAUUGAGCUGUCCCAGCAGAUCACUGGGGGCAAGGUGGAUUUUGAUGAUUUCGUGGAGCUGAUGGGCCCCAAGAUGCUGGCAGAGACGGCGGAUAUGAUUGGGAUCAAGGAGCUGCGUGACGCCUUCCGUGAGUUCGACACCAACGGGGACGGGCAGAUCAGCAUGGCGGAGCUGCGGGAGGCCAUGCGCAAGCUGCUGGGGCAGCAGCUCAACUACCGCGAGGUGGACGAGAUCCUCAAGGACGUGGAUCUCAACGGCGACGGCCUGGUGGACUUUGAAGAGUUCGUGCGGAUGAUGUCGCGCUGAGGGCGGUGUGUGCCAACGUGGGACCUGGGCCCCCUGUGCCUUACGACGAGGAGGGGGCCAUGCAGGGCCCCCUGGCUGCAGGGGCUGGGGCAGUGCCGCCCCAGCCUGGGGCGAGGCCGAGAGCACCAGGGCUGCUCCCACGCCGAGCUCCGACCUUGGCGGGAGGCACCAGGGCCCAGGCUGGGACCCUUUUCGGCACAGACUCGGACGAGCUUCGGCCACUCUCGCUCUCAUCUCUGCUCCCUCCCUUCACCAUCCCACUCCCCCCCCAACCUCACCCCAAAAGUCAGACCAUCACAAUCUCCUCCAGCUGCACCCUUUCCUGCUGCUUGUUCCUACACCCUCUGUUCCCUCCCUGUAUUCCAUGCUGGGCCCCUUAGGCUUCCCCCACACUGUGUUUAAUGUUGACCCCAUAGUACAACCUGCCCUGUCACCGUCGUUUGAGCUCAGACUUCCCCCUAACCUGCCCACCCCUCUAGUUCUGAGGCCGGCGUGGCCCCUUGGGGAUGCUCCAGCCGCCCCCAGUGCGGGGGAUGCUCCUGGGGGCCUCAGUGCCCUGCUGGGACCCCCUCAAGGAGAGAAACCUGGAAUCAGAUGUUCCCAGGCGGAGGGGGCUCAGUGUGCUGUAGGCAGGGCUGGCACGGGUGCCCUUCCUGGCUGCAGUUUUGGGGUUAAUUCUGCCCUUGGAGAUGAAAAAAACCUCUCUCUGCACACUUUUGGUUUGUGUUUUAUGUUGAGUUUCUGGAGCAUUUAUUGAUGACUGCGCCAUCCACCCGUGUUCCCCAACACUCAGGACCUUCACCGUGUCUCUUAGGAGACCGCAGGGACCCCUGGAGAUCUUUGCUGGCCCAGGGCUGGGGGGGCUGCACAGGGUCCCUGCAUGGGAGGAGGCCGGUGGGGCCGGUCACAGGGAAACCCUGGGA